AUGGUAGCCCGUAUCCAUGAUACAUUUUAUGAUGCUAAGGCAACCUUGUUAUCAGAAGCUAAUAUCAAGAAAAUUAGAGAAUCCAGAGGUAAAAUACCCAAUGCAUCAAAAAAAAUGGCUGAUAAAUUCCAUAUUGGACCCAAGCAUGUUUAUGAAAUAUGGGAUAAUAAAGAAUGUCUCCAGCAAGAACUAGAAAAUAAAAUAUGUAAUGUGAGGGUAGAGCCUAGCAAAUCUACUGAUUCGACCCCAGAAGAAAGUAAAGUAAAAAAAUCUGGAGGAAAAAAAUCAAAACCCAAAAAUGAGCUAGCUCCAUUAAUACUAUCUACUAUUCAGUCUCAACCCGUGAAUUUAAAAAGCUCAGAUAUAAAUAAAGAGAAAUUACAUGCAUUGUAUGAGGAGAUGAUUGAAAGAAGCAAUAAAAAUUUAGCAAAUAUGAAAGUAUAA